AGCAGCGGGUGUACUUUUUGCAGAGGACAAUUUGCCGUGGUGUGUGCGCGAACCACUCCGAAGAUUGCAGCAGGAGAUUACCGAUUAGUAGUGCAGCGGUAGUGUCGGGAGUUAAACGCACCAUCGCGACUAAUCUCAAUGGAAUUGGAUGACUGACGGCGAUACCCAAUCUCGUCGCAUCUCGGAGUCAGCCGGGUUCAGUGAGUGACGUCACCGUGAUCGGUAAACACACGUACUCCGGGAGUGCGUGUGACUUCGUAGCUCUUCUCGGGGAAAUAAAAGAAAAUAGACAAGGAUUUUGUGAUUCAGCUGGCGAUUUGCUGAAGGCUGUCUGGGGAUCCACUGACACUCGCACUUGUUGGGGAUUUAGUGGAUUUUCGGGUGGAGUGGUGCCAAAAAAAACUCAAAUCUAAUUGUCUAUACGACUCACGAGUCGAUGACAAAGACGACCAGGCGAGGAAAGUUCAUAAAUAGUGUUUUGUUUUAUGCUCACUGUAAAACAUGUUGAUGAAAAGCGAAUGGAAAAUUGGUGCUCUGUUAUCCUGUUUUGCUUCGCACAGUCUCUUACUCUCGCCCGUCGGCACUCAGUUGGUGUGUAAUUGAGGAUCUAUCUCUCGCGCCUGGAUCCUGGUGCGACUGUGUGAGUGUACGAUUUGGCCUAGCGAAGCACAGAUGGGACGGAGGAUAGUAAAAUAGCGAACAACUCCUGGAUUGUUUGAACUUUUCAGCGUGCAUUCUCGGCGGUCGCGGAAGAUUUUCGGAUGCUGUGUGCGGCUGAACGUGUGUGUACUAGUGUUACAUAAGUUCGAGACGUUCAACAGGAAGCACUUUCCGCGGAUAGUGUCUCUCCACCGAAGAAACCAAAGUGUUUGCGGUAGACUCUGGUGCUAAGUGCUAAUUGGGAUAAUUGCCGAGUGUUUCAAUCUGUCAAAACCAGUUAGUUGGUUAUGAAGGAAAGAAAACAGCUCUCAAUGCUAAUGUGUGAGCAAACCACCCGGAGAGAGUGCCAUCAUCAUCGUCAUCGUCAUUACCCGUGCCUGUGAUAGCCUAGUGGUAAUUGAAUUUGCUGUGGUGUGAAGGUAAAGUGUUUACCUACGGUUUUUUUCACGCUCGUUGUGGUGACCAACGCAAGACACAACGCUCACUUGGGUACUAAUCACUUUACGCCCUCUAAUCACUUAUUCCCAAGUGAGAAGAAAAAACAUUUGCCACCACGAACGCGUUUGAGGCGAAUUAGCCAAAAUAUCCACCUUUCGCUGGCAGGUUAAUUGGUGCGAUACAGUGAAUGCAUUUUAUCAUUAUCCGAAGGUAAUCGAGUGAUCUACCAAAGUCCGCCCCAAUCAGGGAUUACCGUGAUCGACCCCCCGUCUAAUCGGAUUGAAUUUCACCUCCAGGAUUAGCAGAGAGGCGUGAAAUCGUCUAAUAUGAACAGGUUUGCACCACGCUUCCUCGCUCGGAAACAUAGAAGCAUCGUCAUCACAGUCAAACACAAAUCUAGCGGCACGAAGUUACGAUUCUGAAGAUGAGAACAUGGGCAGGAAAAAAGGACGGCCUUUCGACACGGGAUCCGGCCUGAGAGCGCCCGUCUACUCCAAAGGAGAUAUUCGCGAGCAGUAUUGCUUGACGGAUCGACAGCUAAGUUCCAUCGAACAGCCUCGGAGGGAGCGUUUUUUUGGCUGCUGGUCGGGCCGUAAUGCACCUCAAUCCUUUCUGGGGGUGUGCGUGGGGAGGAGAGCUCCGUCCGAUGAAAACCUCGCCGACUACGCACCAAUGCAGCGGUAUCCCAGAUACAUUCAUCCGGGACCAAUCAGCAAAUCCAUCCUACAGCAGUACGAUGAUGAAUUGGAUAAUCCGUACUUUCGACGAAAACCUACGUCAUUCCUGGCGGGAAGCGGUGGCAGCAGCGGCGGCGGCGGCAUCGGGGGACCUAUGGUCACUGGCAGCAGUGCCACUCUACCAUCAGGAGAAACCAGACGCUGCACGUGGAUGCCGAUGGACGACGAGGCAGUCCGAAUGGAGGGACCAAGCUACUCACUCUGUCCCCUGGCUAUCUCUGUUCCAACGUUUCUCUCAUCCCGACCUAGGGUCAACUGUCAACCGCAACGUUGCCCUGCGGCGUCGGACGAAUUAGAACAUUCUAGCUGGAACAGAGCCUCCUCGCCGUUCGUUAUAGGGACUCCAGUCGCGUGCUCAUCGGGGAAAGCUGCAGCCUAUCUGAGCCGCAGUACCGAUCAAUUGACAGGAAUGUAUCGAUGUCCAGCGCACACGGAUCUUCCACCGCCACCCCCACCUCCCAACGUUAGCCUUAUCGAUGGCGUCGCAGGUGGACCUCCGAGGACCAAGCAUGUCAGCUUCGCCCGCUCCUACACCCUCACGUCGUUCGACGAGGCGAUGGGUGGUCGACCUCUGUCCCGCCUAGCCGCAGCCAGGAGCCAAGAAAGACUGAUAGGUGGUAAAAAGCCUACGAUUACAUUAUCCCAGCAGCAAGCGACCACUCAGUUCGGAACGCCACUUCACUCGAUUCUCCAGCAACCAAGCCACCAACCACUGCUGGCUCAGCAACUGCAGCAGCACCAGCAGCAACAGCAACAGCAACAACUGGGUGGUCAACCGCAGCCACCGUCCGUCCAUCAGCACAUCCAUACCCAUCAACACCUGCAGCACAUUCAGCAGUCUCAUCCUGGCCAACUCAUAGCUCAACACCAUCACCAGCAUCAGCAUCAUCAUGUUCUCCCACAGCAGCAGCAGCAGCAGCAGCUUCAACAGCAACAUCAACCACAGCAAAAACAACAGCAGCAGCAGUUACAGGCAGCUCCUUGUAGUAAUGCUGCCCUAGCAGCACCACCACCAACAGUAGCAGCUCCAACGGGGAGCCAACAGGAGGUCUUCGUGGUGGAAAAAAUCAAACGAAGUGCCAUGAAAACCCAAGCCACACAAACCGAAGUGUAUUUGAACAAGAAAGCUCCUGCUCCUCAUCAACUAUCGCUUAGUCCGAGGACCAUUCACAGGGUGAAAAUGGUAUCGCAAGGAGCGCAAACGAACGGUGGCUUAAACGGGAGAAAGCUAACCAAAAGUCUAUCGGAGGCGGGAGAUCGAAUCCAGGAGAAUGGUAUCGAUUCCGGGGCGGCAUUGGAUGAACCGAAAACACCCACCGAACACGAACAGCUGCAUCGAACACAGUCCGAAGAACCGCCAAAGUCACCAUUCACCAUCACCUCACCGCCAUCCAAAUCACCGAUCAUGCAACCGUUCGAAUUGCCUUCGCGAACGUCGUCCCAGAUGAGCCACACCUCUCACAGUGAUAGCUAUCCGAUUGAUACGAUCAUGACUCACUCCCGGAAUCACUCUCAGGACAGCGCAACGUCAUAUCGGUCCACCGCAGGUUCGCGGACAUCAUACGAAACGAGUUCCUAUCCGUACGAGAUGUACGAUAGUGUCGUUAUUCCGAGAAGGGCUAGCUACACCCUUUCGACGGAACCACUACAAGUGCUGCGCAAAGAUAUCGAACAAGUUCAUUACCACGGCCACGAAAAUGGUUUCGUGUUUGAGACGCACAGUCUUCCACGAAGGACAUGCAUUCAUCACAAGCCGGAAGAAUUUCAUACUCACACAUUGCCACGUCGCGAUCAUCAUCCACAUCAUCACCAUGAGAUCAUCUUCAAGGAUCAGCUCAAAAUGCCGCCUCAAGAGGUGCUAAUAUCCAAUGGUAUCGUUAAUCAAGAUAUUCGUUCUUUCGACAGCAACAGUCUGAAUAGACGAAUGUCCGCUCACGUAUCUAUGCACCAAGACAAGCAGCUCCAGCAACGAAGAGCAUCCUACGCAUACGUUGCCCCGGAGACCCAUUCGCUGACACGCAAAAACUCAAUAACGCACCAACAGAUUCAAAAGGUACAACCCAUGAUCCAAACACCCUCUUACCAGCAACAGAAGCAACCUAUGUCUCAGUCUCAUCAACAGCCCCAACCCCUAUCCCAACAAAUAUCUGCUCAACAACAGCAGUUCCAACCGCUGAUAAAGCCCCAGUCACCGAUCCUAUCGCAACCUUCUCAUCCGCCACCCUCCUGCCCGAUCACACCACCCAACAUCCAACCCCUCGACAUGCAGGACGACACGAAGUCGUCCUCCGACGAGAGCUGUUCCACAUGUGAUUCCGAAAGCGACAGAGAAGACGAAAAAGAAAUCUUCAUAGAUUUCAAACCGCGCGUUUCGCCCAUCCCCUCGCCCAACGCGGUCAAAAAGAAAAAGCUCCUUAAAACCCUCUCGGAUGGUGAGAUUCUGCUCGAUCGGAAGAAAUCGAAGACACCCGACGCUCCCACCACUAUAUCGGCAAGUGAGGAAGAUCUAAAAUCCCCCGCGCUAGAAAACAUCCAGAAGGACCCACCCACAAACCUGCAAUUCAGCGAAACACCCAUCAAGGACGAAGGCAUUUUUUUCGGAUCACCACUCACGGAGGCAGACCGGCGGAAGGAGUCCUUCCGCAAGCGAUCGGUGAGUCUGGACAAUCCCACCAGUAUGGAGGAGGAGGAAAAGGGCCUACUGGAGGAGCUGAAGGCAGAUGCCAAGGAUGAUAAGCUCACGUCACCACCAUCGCCUUCAAAGGAGGAAAAGUUAUCGAUCAAAUCGCACUCACCGUUUCACUCGUCGGAAUCGCUUGCGACGAGGGAUAACUCGGACGGAAUUUGGAACGAAUCGCAGGCUACCAUUAUGACGACGAGCCUAACUGACAACGGCAAGCUGACGCCGUCCUCGAGGCGAAAAAAUCUGUUGUUGCAACAUCAGCAGCGCAGUUCGAUGGACACCGAUGCGCUCGAUAUCGAAGAUAUAGCUGACCAGCCUCUUCCGCCGCUGCCAGUAAACGUCGUACCUGCGACGAUGCAGAGUAUUUGUACGACAACUCCCACAACCCCUGGAUCCCAAUCCUUCCCGCUUCCUGUCACUUGUAUGACGAUUCCCAUCGCAUCCAGCCCUUCAACAGCAACAGGAGUAGCAACAGCGCCAACAACGACGACGACGACGACGACGACGGCAACGCCGACAAUAACGACCGGCAUCGUGAAACCGACGCCCUCAAUAGCCGUCAUCCCAUCGCCCAGCAUCGAACGGGAAGAGCGGGACCUGCAGCAGAGGCCGAUGCAGAAAAGUGCCACACUGAGACGUCUCUCAAGGCCGCCGUCGCCUUCGAAGCGGCGCGCCAGCGACCAGAGGAAGCUCUCCAAGAUCGAACCGCUCAUACACCGCUCUCCCGACACUAACGAACGUAACGUGCCUACUUUGAAGGACCAGUCGCCAAUAAGCGCCCCGACAGUGCCACCACUUCCAGUGACCCCAGCUAUGCCACCACCGAAACUAUCCAGCUCAACGCCAACCCAUCCACUGCCAGCGCUUUCAUCAACGGUGAACUCCGGAUCCGGCUCGCGAAUUCCACCUGCCGUCCCAUCGGCUCGUUUCGAGCACGCGAAACUCAAAGGAUUCGAAGAGAAGGAUCUGUUCGGCGAUGGAGGAGCCGGUUCGGAGGGAAGCACCACCGAAGACUACGCGACCUGCACCGACAACUCGAAGCGCACCGGUUCCACACCGCCCGUUGGAGCCAAAGGUAUAUUUAAAACCACCCUCGCCAUUAGACCAACAACCAAACAAGUAACAGCAAACGCCGUGCAGGAAGGAUCAUCCUUCGAGAGUGCCUCCUCGUUGUACAGUCUGGCCCGCGUCGAUGCCAUCUGUGAGGAUACUCCACCGGUCGAGGAGAACACGGCCACGCCACAAAUUCCCCCACUGCCGAAACCAUCGCCAGCCCAUUCGCUCAGCAGCAGCUCGAGCGGAAGCUACAAUAUGGCCACCAAGACGCGAAGGAGUUCACCAUCGCGCACAGUUGUGCCAAAGCCACUGCCAGCCAAGGUGAAAAUAAAGCCCGAGUCCAUUUCGGAUGACGAGAGGAGCGAGAAACGUUACUCGUCAUCCCACGACGAGAAGGACAUUCGAGGAACGCUGACCAGACCUGCGCGGAAGGGACGCGAUUGGAACGAAGAGGAACGACGCAGGAAAAAGAGCGCCUUCAAGCUGGAGUUCGACAAAGAUUCACUCAAAACUUACACAACACCGAUGCUGCGACAGCCAAGUCCCGGAUUCAAGAAGCUCUCCCCGGAGGACAAGAGUGCGUUGAAUGUUCUGGAUGGGGCGAGCCCAAGCAGCAAGCAGAAACGAUUCCGACCCAAGACUCGGAAGUCACCACGAACUCGAACUGCCACCAGCGAUGAUGUCACCAGCACACCGAUGCGACGAAGCAAAACACCUCUUAUUAAAAGCCCUGAAAAACCUGCGAUUCAUACUCCGACUCCAAUACCUAAACUGAGUCCAGUCCAGUAUUACUCGCAAAUCAAAAGCCCACCGAAUCAGGAAUCACCCAAGAAGCAAAAAAUAUCACCCGAACAACGACUGAAGGCCAUCUCGACGGAAUCACUUCGGUCGGUUUCGCCCGGAUCGGACUCGGUGUUCUACAGCGAAGCGGACGCCCUCUCCCAAUGCGAGCAGCAAGUCCACUGCCAUCACUGUGGUAAGGAGGUUGAGGCUAUCAGCAUCCCUGGCGAACUGGAGGGAUCCCUAGCUACGCUUUCGCUUGACUCGACGGACGCUGAUCGGCCGGAUAUCGUCCAGCCCCCGGAAGGGUUCGCCGACUCACCGCAGUGCACCAAGACGACCCACCGGCUGUACAAGAAGAUGGACAAGCGAUUUCGCUCCGAAGAUCGACACGCCGACCGGCGCCACUUCAAGUCAAGGCAGGAGUACCGGGCGAAAAGCGAGGAACGAGGAAAGGACGACAGUGAGCAGAGUAAUCUACGAUCCGCAGGAUCUUCACCUUGUGUCGCGCCUGUAGCUCCGUACGGUGAACACCAAGCCGAACCGGAGCAGGGUAUCUACCGGGGUAACUACCGAGCCGGAACGUGGAUUUGUAUCGCCGACCGGGACGCAUUUCGGCGGUACGAUUUGUCCAGCGAUGGGAGCUUCGAACGACCUACGCGAACCGUAGCCGAGCGCCGGGGAUCAACGGAUUCCGAGAAAGAUUUCUACAAGCGGUACCAAGCGAUCAGUCAUCGGCUGGUGCAUCGCAGGUCCUGUGUGGAGCUCUACCGGCGGCAGAAUACUACCAACUUCGAACCAGACAAAAUAGUGGUGGUUAGCCGGAAAUCGGGUGAAUUUGGCUUCCGUAUCCACGGGUCCCGACCGGUGGUGGUCUCGGCUAUCGAACCUGACACUCCGGCGGAAACCUCCGGACUAGAAGUUGGAGAUAUCGUACUUUCCGUCAACGGGAUUUCGGUGAUCGAUAAGAGCCACUCGGAAGUGGUCAAAGUUGCCCACGCCGGCAGUGAUACCUUAGAGCUUAAGAUCGUUCGAACUAUUGGGGUACAUUCACCGCUGGAAGAUAACACUCCGGUGGUGGCAAUUUACGCCGGCUUUCUGUGGCGUCACUCUAAUUCCUCGAGUAAGAAGUGGGUGCGGAGAUGGUUUUCGCUGCGACCAGAUCACUGUCUGUACUAUUUCAAAUCUGAGUUGGAUAUUCAUCCAAUCGGGGUUGUCAUUUUAACGAAUCACAAGGUGGAACGGUUAUCGGCGGAGGUUGGAGGUCGUCCAUUUUCAUUCACCAUAGACACCGGGGAGAACACCAAAGUGCAACUAGCAGGGGAUAACGACGAAGCUGCCAGCCGAUGGAUUGCCGUAAUCAGUCAUGCGGCGCAGCAGGGUGAUCCCUGGCUGGAUAAUAGCGCUCGAAAUCUACGGAUUCCGGCGAGUUGUGUACCCAAACCGGACUGCGUUGGUCCGCUGACAAAACUGGGGAGCAAGUGGCGUUCGUGGACCAAGCGGUACUGCGUGCUGAAGGAUGCCGUCCUUUACUUCUACCACGAAGCAAGCAGCAAGAGUGCUUUCGGAAUGGCAUGUCUGCAAGGAUAUCGCAUACAACCAUCCUCUGCCGGGGGUAAGAAAUACGCCUUCGAGAUUGUCCCACCGGAACUGACCCUUCGUCAUUACUACUUCCACACCGACACAGAGAUGGAUAAGAGGCGCUGGGUGACCGCUCUGGAAUACUCGAUAGACCGCUGGAUGAAGGCCGGCUGAAAUACGUUGAAACGAUACGAGCAGCUCGUAUAGUACACAUUUAGGCGCAGAAAAACCAUCUUCAUUCAUUUCCUCUUUUCACUUCCGACGUUUCUCGAAUGCACACCAACACCCACGCGUCUCGUCCUUGAUUCGUUUCACUCGAUCAGUGGUGGCAGUACAAGUCGAACGCUAUUACAAUUCUUCCUCUUCCCUCUCUGAAACCUCUACACUAUCCACAGCCGGCGCACCGACUCUACGCAUUUUCACAACAAUAGCAUAGCGGGGAAAAUCAUUGUGAAACGGUGCAUUUAGGUGCACCCAUCCUUUUGGAGCGAACGAACGAACGAACGGAUGCUGUGCAUGAUGACAGAGGCUAGCCACCGAUUUAUGGUGUGGCAGAGUGUUGAAAGUUAGAAGGAGCACAUAAAAAACAAGAAGCCAUUUGUGUGAGUAUUUAGGUUUAAAGCUGAUGCUCAACAUUUUUUUAGCAGCGUCGGUAAAAUUUUAUACGCGCGUUGGUUGUUUUUUGGGACCCAAAGCAUCGAUGAUGCUUUUUAAUUCGACCGCCCAUGGUUGGGAAUCGCACCGUGCGAAACUUGAAUUCAACGAACUGAAACAAGCAAAUGUAGUUGUACUAAAUAAAUCGUAUUCACAGUCAAAUAGAAAUGUUUGAUGAUGAUAAAAAGUAAAAAAUAACGCACACUACCGCGAGGAAAAACAAACAAAACCCAUUUUCAGGCUAGAUGUACUGAAAGGAUAUAAAUGUAACGGCAAGAAACUAGAACUAUAUCAAUGUAAUGUAUUCUAAAAAAAACUAUUUCGGCUAACGUGUUGUAUGUGGCAAUAGUUGAAAAUUGACUUCUAGGAAACCCGUUGACUACAUAGAAUAGAGUUUAAAAUUUGCAGUAAAUCUAUGUGAACCAGCGCAAUGUGUAUCGAAUCGAACAGGAGUAAUCGUUGUGGCAAAUUAGACGAUGUAUACCUUAUGUUACCGUUUCAGGCAAUCGUCUUAAACUGACUGCAAUGUUUAGAAGUCCUUGUGAAAAUUGAUAAAUUUUCAAAAAAGUCCAUGCAUGCUCAAAAUUGAUAUUAUUUCUCAUGGCAAAACAUUUGGAAUCCGUUUUAGCCAACCGUUACUGUCAUUUGCUUAAUUCGUGUAUCGUGAAACGACAGUAUUAAAUCGAAUUCUACACCAAAAUAAACCAUUCCACAGACCCAACACUAACGAGAAUACAAAUUUAAAAAAAGUCUCUCAAAACAGCGGCCAAAAAACACUUGGAAGUGUUCUGUACCUCGUUCGGUAGCUUCAGCCUUUAUGUUUCAACCGAACUCAUUCCAGACUGAUAUCGAUACGGGUGAUUUCGAAACUAGAAAAUAUAAUACCAACGUUAAAAUAAAAGUCAAGUACAUCGUCAACGCAUCGUUUACCAUCGGAACCCAUUUUUACUAGGAGCUACCAGAACCAAGAAGUGCAGAACACUUUCGCAGUGUCUGGUUAAUUAAGGAUAAUGAAAAUGAAAGUGCUUUGGCAAUUCGUGGCUCAAUUCCGUACACUGCGGGACCCUUUUGCUUCAACUACUUUCCCAAACUCACCUCUUGUUGACUCACUGUCAGACCAAAUAUCAAGUACCCUUAAACGGCAAUUUGCAGUAUCAUGACAAUAACUGUAAAAUUUUCGCGCGAAUGUCUGAUGUUUCCUGAAACCCUGUCUAUUCUUCAUUUGCUUCAGCUUCAGCACUCUUCUCUGUGAAUGCUUUCCCAGUGUUAGCUUUAAGGGUUAUCAAAUUCAACAACUACAAAAAAAAACUGUUGGACAAAUGCCAAGACAAAACAAAAAUAGGGGGGGGAAACCACGAUAUUCCACAUAAAAGAAGCCAAAAUAAAUGAAACACGGAUGACCUUAAACAAAGUGAAUUAAAUUGAGUUUAUAAAUAACGAGUAGAUAAACGAAAAAACAAAAUGCGAUUAAAGUUGGUUUUUUAAACAACACAAGGGUAUAGAGAAAUUAAUCUAUAAAUAAAAGCUAUGACAAAAUUAUAGUAUAGUUGAAUUUUAUAAGGAUUAUAUGAAGCGCAACCGGAAGAUUGAUUCAUCCAAGUGCGUUUGAAGUGAACGUUCAAACUAGAGUAUUUAUUAGAAAAUAUAAAAAAAACAAAGUUUAAGAUCAGAAAAGAGAACAGCGCAAUAUUCAAAGUUUUAUUUGGAUGAAAGUUUAGAAUAUAUAAUGCAUGAAAAUCGAAUAUUUCACAACACACACACACACAUACACAAACACACAUACUCUAAAAACUACUUGGCACUCAUCUAACCAUUUGAUAACAAAUAUCAAUUAUCGACUAAUCGUAUUGUAUCGAAACCCUAAAGAGAUUAGACAGAAAAAGAAGAUGAAAAUACAAUGAAAGCAGCUUGAGAUAAUAUUGCGAAACACAAAUAAUAACUAUGAAAAUCCAAGAGGAAACCGCGAAUCAGAAAUUACCAACCAAAGCUAGAAGCUGUAAGCACUGCCAAUUGAACAUGAGAGAAAAUAGAUUACUUCGAAAGCGUAAAUCGUUUCCCGGAUGACACUGAUAGACGGUUAGCAGUUGCUGUUGGUUUUUGCGAGGCGAAAAUUGUGGGCGAGAACAGUUGCGGGAAAUAGUAGAAAAAAAAACCAUGGUGCGAUAUAGACCAAAAUCUAGAACCAAUUGUGAGAUUAUUACUAAUAGAAUAAUAUAA